GUUUUCAACUCCACUAACAACCCACAGGGCCACAACCACUGCUCUGUCUUCCUUGCCUCCUCACUCACCCUUAAUGGAGUCAACAGUCCGCCGUGCCCUUAAUCUCCUCCUCCUCCUCCUCAUCUCUCUCUCCUUCUUCCACCAAAUUCCAGCUUCACCCCCUUCCUUUCCCGAUGAAGCCCUCCCCACCAAAUCAGGCUACCUCCCCGUCAGUCCAGCCACCAGUUCCGCCAUUUUCUACGCCUUCUAUGAAGUCCAGGAUCCCUUUUCAUCGCUCUCCCAAACCCCACUUGUUAUUUGGCUCCAGGGUGGCCCUGGCUGCUCCUCCAUGAUCGGCAACUUCCUCGAGCUCGGCCCCUGGCGUGUAAACUUUCUCAAAGCCCGGAACGACCCCCUUGUUCUUGAACCAAAUUUAGGUUCUUGGAACCGCAAAUUCGGCCUUCUUUUCCUCGAUAAUCCGAUUGGAACCGGUUUUAGUAUUGCCUCUACGCCCGAAGAAAUCCCAAGAGGUCAAUACACUGUUGCCAAGCAUCUUUUUGCUGCAAUCACCUCUUUUCUUCAAUUAGACCCGCAGUUUAAGUCUCGUCCAAUUUAUAUUACGGGUGAGAGCUAUGCGGGGAAGUAUGUUCCUGCAAUUGGUUACUAUAUCCUCAAGAAGAAUGCUCAGUUGCCGGUGUCGGAGCAGGUGAACUUAGCAGGCGUUGCUAUCGGAAACGGAUUAACGGAACCCCUGACACAAGUGGCCACUCAUGCUGUAAAUGCUUACUUUUCUGGUCUGAUCGAUGAGAAACAGAAGGGUGAGCUGGAGAAGGCGCAAUUGGAGGCAGUUAGACUGACCAAAUCAAGGAAUUGGACGGCGGCAACAAAUGCUAGGAAUGGGGUCUUGCGUUUGCUGCAAAACAUGACAGGAUUGGCCACUUUGUAUGAUUUUACUAGGAAAGUUCCUUACCAAACUGAGUUGGUUACCCAGUUUUUACAAAACGAGGAGGUAAAGAGGGCCUUGCGAGCGAACCAAUCCGUGUUUUUUGAGGAAUGCAGCGAUGUUGUGGGGAACGCAUUGCACGAGGAUGUGAUGAAGAGUGUGAAAUAUAUGGUGGAGUUUUUGGUGAAGAAAAGCAAGGUUUUGUUGUAUCAAGGGCAUUUUGAUUUGAGGGAUGGUGUGGUUUCAACAGAGGCUUGGAUGAAAACGAUGAAUUGGGAUGGAAUUGAGGAGUUUUUAAUGACAGAGAGGAAGGUUUGGAAGGUAAGUGGGGCGCUUGCUGGGUACGUGAGGAAUAGGGGGAGUUUGAGUCAUGUUGUAGUGUUGGGGGCUGGGCAUCUUGUGCCUACCGACCAGCCUUUUAGUUCCCAGGCAAUGAUAGAAGACUGGGUCUUGGAGAGGGGAUUGUUUGGGUAUCAACAACGGGAGGAUUCCUUAUCUUCAAUGUAACUAUCGUUCCUCUUGUUCUUGUUGUAUUGCUUGUAUCAGUAUCAGUUAGUCAAAUCAGGGCAAGUGUAUGGGAUGUCAAGAGCAACGUAAUUUGUAUCCUGGAAUAAUGUUUUGGUCGUCACACGUUAUAAUUUUUACAACGCCCAAUGGUAAUGUCGGUUGAUUAUUGUA